GUGUGUCUCACAGCCCAGCAAACCCGUUCUGAUCCGAAUUAACCCUUUCGCCACUGUUGGGCCUCCUGCGGGGAGCUGGCUGGCUGCUGCUCAGGUAAAUCCUUGAACACAGACCAACCAUGGACUUCAGAGAGAGGGCAGAUCCACUCCUGGGUUCCCAGGAAACCCAAGUGCAACAAAAUGGGGACACUUCCGUGACCAUCCCCCCGCAGGCUGGAGAGAGCAGCAAAACUGACCCUGCAGGUUUGCUGUCUGGGUUCAAACCAUGGGCACGUCGCUGGGCAGUUCCGAGUGUGUGUCUCAAUCUCGUACUGAUCAUCAUCAUCCUCAUCUUCAUCAUCAUCCUCAUCUCCAUGUCAGCAAGGAAACCUGAGCCGUGUCCAGCUGGAGCCGCCUGCCCAGACGGCUGGGUCGGAUACCUGGAGAAGUGUUACUAUUUCUCACAGGCUGAAGGGAACUGAACCUACAGCCAGAACAACUGCUCUGCCCUCGGUGCCUCCCUGGCAGUGAUUGACAGUGAUCAGGAAAUGGAGUUCAUGAAGCGCUAUAAAGGACUUGAGGACCACUGGAUCGGCCUCCAGAAGAGCCCUGGCCAGCGCUGGAAAUGGUCCAAUGGCACCGAAUUCAACAACUGGUUUCACAUAGGAGGCAGUGGAGAUUGUGCUUAUACGAACAGCUAUGAGAUUGCCAGUUCAAGCUGCUCCGGACAGUUGCCCUGGAUCUGCCGCAAACCAGUGGAAUAGGUAGAAGGCAGUUCAAAGCUAAUGUCAUAUGGCCUGUCCCUGCCCAUCAUUGAAAGCCCUAAGGGUGCUGGAUUCACCGCUGGAUGGCGCCUCUUCCUGGCCGUCCUGGGGAUUAGCUCUGUGCGGCCAGUGUCUCUGCCGGCCCAGCAAGCCUCGAUCGAACUGCCCAGAAAGGCCACAGACUCGGCUCAGUGGUGA